AUGUCUACCUAUUAUGAUAUUCCCACUGAUUCUUUGCAAACAGUAACCUUACCCUAUGAUGUACCAUCGAAUACAUGGAAAAUAACGGAGAAAGCAACUAGUGAACAAGUAUUAAUUAUUCAUUCACAAAAAAGAUCGAAAACAUUCUGCUGUAUUAAAACUUUACACAGAAGAAAAAAUAAUAAUCUGAAACAAAUGAACUGUUAUAGAGAAUUAAUUGCACUUAAAACAUUAACUGGUACGGAAAAUAUUGUUCGAUUAAUUGAUUCAAACAUCGCAGAUGAUAAAGAAAAAGGAAAAAAGUUUUGGAUCAUAAUGGAAUGUGCACCUGGUUGUACAUUAAAAGAAUUUAUUAAUAAAACUUGUCGUGGUCGUAUUACAUUUCUAGAAGCGAUUUUAAUUACACAACAGCUUGUUUCGGUAGUAAAAAAUAGACAUUCAAAAGGUAUUUUACAUCGAAAUAUUUUACUAGAAAAUAUUAUGAUUGAAUGGGAUUAUCAACAUUCACCAAUUGAUACAAUAAAAAUAACUUUAAUUAAUUUUUCAUAUUCUUAUACGAAAGAAAUUGAUGUUUCGACCACAACUCAUCAGUCAUCAAAAACAAAUCGAUAUAAUAGUCCAACCAUUGAUACAAUAAAUGUUUGUUCGAUUCUUCUUUGGUUACUGACAAAUGUUGAACUACCAAUAACAAAAGAAAAAAAUCAAGAACAUGCUGCUGCUUUGGCCGUCUACUACCACAUCAACGCGAAGAUGCGAUUGAUAAAAUUAACAGAAAAAUUGAUCAGAUAG